CUUCCAAGGAGGGCUGAAGCUGAGCAGUGCUCUGCAUUAUGCGCUCGCGAAUCCGCCAUCCUCCCUCUGUUCAGUGUGUUGUUCACAGUUUUUCUUGCUCAGCAAAAAUAACCGGCGACUGGAAGCUGGCAACUUGCAUUGAUUGUAUGUAUGUAGUGGAUCUGAGCGCUCCAAUACGUGCAUUGCUACGUCAAAUUUUACUUGACAAACAAGGAGGUUUAUUUUGGCCUACAUUGUCUUUAUAGGGAGAUUUGAGCUUUGAUAGCUUGACCUGCUGAAACUUUAUUUUUUGACAAUAAGAGGAACCCCCACAUUACUCAUUUUCUGCCAGCUGGAUUACAGGAUUGUAUGAUAACUUUUUAAAUUCAAGAUGCAGGUCCGAACGGUCCUUGAAGUGAAAGUUAUGGAUGUGCAGAAGAAGCGGAAUCCAUCUAAACAUUACGUGUACCUCAUCAAUGUCACAUACUCUGACUCCACCUCUCAUGUCAUCUACAGGAGAUACAGCACUUUUUUCGAUCUCCAGAUGCAGAUCCUGGACAAGUUCCCAGUGGAGGGAGGGCAGAAGGACCCCAAAAAGAGAAUAAUUCCCUUCUUACCAGGUAAACUCUUAUUUCGGCGAAGUCAAGUCAGAGACGUGGCUGUGAAAAGGUUGAAGCAUCUUAAUGACUACUGCAGAGCUGUGAUGAGGCUCCCUAACCAGAUCUCCCAGAGUGAGGAGGUGCUGAGUUUCUUUGAAACCAAGGCUGAGGACAUCAACCCUCCUAAAGAGGACUAUGGGGGAUCCACCAAACACAAAUCAGGUUUGGAUGGUGCCGAUCCUAUGCUACUGGAGCAGUACAUGGUGGUGGCCAACUAUGAGAAGCAGGAGCCGGCGGAAAUAAGCCUGCAGGCCGGCAAACUGGUAGACGUCAUCGAUAAGAGCGAGAGUGGCUGGUGGUUUGUCAGUACAGCGGAGGAGCAGGGCUGGGUCCCUGCCACAUAUCUGAAUACCCACAGCGACACACGAGAUGACCUGGAGCUGGGCGCCUCCAAGUCCAGGGAAGUCACUAAGCACCGUAAGGCCCAUCUGAAGAGGCUGGACCGGAGAUGGACCCUCGGGGGAAUGGUCAGCAGGCAGCAGAGCCGAGAGGAGAAGUAUAUGACGGUGCAGCCAUACACCAGCGAGGGAAAGGAUGAGAUCGCCUUUGAGAAAGGAGUCAUCGUGGAGGUCAUCCAGAAGAACCUGGAGGGUUGGUGGUUCAUUAGGUACCAGGAUAAGGAGGGCUGGGCCCCGGCCUCCUACCUGAAGAAGGUGAUGGAGGACUUCUCUCCCCGUAGUAGUAAUAAGAAGACCCCUUUGACUGGCCCGGUGGAGAUAAUCAGCAACAUCAUGGAGAUCAGCAACCUGCUGAACAAGAAGGCCCUGAGUGAGAAGGACGUGCAGACAGACGGCCAGCCAGAGGACAACCCCCUAACCACGCCCUCCCUGGUCAAGAGGCAGAUCAGCCUGCCAAUACCGUGCUCUAGCUCGGACUUCAGCCCUGGUGCCGCACUGGUGGAUGUUAAGGGCAAAGUAGAACCAGCCUCUCCAGUCAUAGCCCGCAUCGCUCCUCACAGAAUAGAUAUCGGCUCCCCAAUCCUCAGACAAAAGCCACCUCCUCGCAGAGAUACAACUCUGGGAUUCAAUUUACCCUCGCCACCAGAGCCCCCUACUGUUGAAGCAGAGUACUACACCAUUGCAGAGUUCCAGUCCGUCAUUUCAGAUGGCAUCAGUUUUAAUGGAGGGCAGAAAGCAGAUGUGAUCGAGAAGAACUCUGGUGGCUGGUGGUAUAUCCAGAUUGGUGAGAAAGAGGGCUGGGCUCCCUGCUCCUACAUCGACAAACGAAAGAAGCCCAACCUAAACCGCAGAACCAGCACUCUGAGCCGGCCCAAAGUCCCGCCCCCAGCCCCACCCGUCAAGAAGCAGGACUCUGAGGAGACUGUCCCUACCAGCAUUCAUGGUUCCGAGGCUCCAGAGUCCCCUGCAUCUCCCGGAAGGCCUGUGUACGAGGAGCCAGAAUAUGAUAUUCCUGCCAUUGGGUUUGAUCUGGAGUCAGAGUUUGAGUUCCUCAGGACAGAUGAGUCUUCAGCGGAUGGGAAGAACGAGGAUAGCUCCUCAGAGAAGGGCUCUCACCUUUCCUCCAAGCCAUCUCCGUCCUCUUCUCUCCAUAGCGCCUCCUUCAAGCUGGGCGAGUCGUCCGAGGACGUGGGGCAGGAAGAGGAGGAGCCUGAGGGAGAGGAGUGUAUCUAUGAGAAUGACUGCUUCAUGCCUUUCAGAGAGAUGCCUUAUACACAAUCCAGUGGCGACUCAGACUUCCUGAAGAUUAGUGCCCCGUUGGAGACUAGCAAAGCUGAAAACUCUCACUCCAUGUUUGGGGCAAGGAGAAAAGGGAAGACUAUCCAGCUGAACGGCAGCCAGUCCCUGUCUCAAACCAAAGCAGAGGCCGGGGCAUCCAGCUCCAAACCUGCCUCUACAGAGUCCAACCCAGAUCUCUUCAAGCAGUCCAGGCCCAAGAAGGACAAAGAGGAGCACAAGAUGGGCUCCACCAAGUCCUCCACCAAACCUAAGCCAUUGGUCAGGCCUAAGCCCCAGCUGGCCAAGGCCUCCAGUGCAGAGAAAAUGGACAUUGGCAGCCUCCGGAGAAAACUUAGGCCUACAGGCCAGCUGAAGAAGGGCUCCAGAGGAGAAGACUUUGAAACAGCCUCUGUCAUCUCCUCUGAGGACUCUGUGUCCUCCCACAGCACCUCCGACAUCUCCUCCAUCUAUUCUAAAGGCAGCCGGGGAGACUCAGACGAGGGCUGCAGUCUCUACCGCACCACAGAGGCCUAUGAGAAGGGCCAGGACUCAGAGAUGAGCUUCCCUCCCGGGGUGGAAGUGGAGGUGCUGGAGAAGCAGGAGAGCGGCUGGUGGUACGUCCGCUUGGGCGACACUGAGGGCUGGGCUCCAACCUACUACCUGGAGCCUGUCAGGCAGCUAGACGACAAAGCUGGGUCAGAGUCCGAUGGCACCCCUACCAAACUGGGCAGCCUGAGCAAGUCCAACAGCCUGGAGAAAAAUGAGCAGAGAGUCCAGGCCUUGAACAACAUCAACCAGAGCCUAAAGAGGAGCAUACCACCCAUCCCCUCCAAGCCCUUUGGCCUGUUCAAUGGCUCUCAGAAGAAUGUUUUGAAACAGCAGCAGGUGGUCAGGCCUCAGUCGGUCUUCAUCUCCAAGCCAAUCAUCGACGGGCCAAACCCAGUAGGCUCCCUUAGGAGGGGUGAGUCACUCAAUUCCACUGACCACCCACGCUCUAGUCCCACCUUGCGCCGCAACGCUUCCUUUGGUACUACCCCGCGGUGCCCAGUGCCGAAUGUUAACAUGGCAAACCGGAACAGACCCGGCACGGGAAGCUCCGAAUCACUGGGCCGGGGGACUCAGAGGAACGGUCUACCUAUUUCUACGGUGAAACCCAAAACCCACCUCAUCCACAACAACCUCCGUGAGGUGUAUGUCUCCAUAGCGGAUUACCAUGGUGAUGAGGAGACCAUGGGGUUCCCCGAAGGAACGACUCUGGAGGUUCUGGAGAGGAACCCUAAUGGGUGGUGGUACUGCCAGAUCCUGGACGGAGGUCGACCUCGAAAAGGCUGGGUCCCCUCAAAUUACCUGGAAAGGAAGAGCUAGUGACACACUAAUAUUCAGUGCAUGUGCAAUCAGGUCAGAGACCAUUGUUGACAGUGGAAAUGGAAAUGGAAAGACACUGUUUUUUACAGUGUAAAGAUGGAAAUCAGAAGAGACCAUUUAUAGUAUCAUUGAAGUGGUAUACUUUGUGUUUUCUAAACUGAGGGUGGCCAACCAAUCCUGCAUAUAAUUACUUGACAUUUUAUUAUUAUAAUCUGAAGUGACAAAGAAAAUACUUCAAAGUAUACUUUUUUGACAGGAUUUUAUCUAUUCACAGACAGCCGGGGGUUGGAACAAAUACCUUUGGCAUUAAAAUCAGCAAAAGGUCAAUCAAAUAUUUAACAAAAUAAUUAAACAAAGUGGUUGAUUUGAUGAAAUGUGCUUUUUAAUCCAAAAUGGAAGAAUAAUGGGAUUUGGACACCAGUGGAAGAGCUUUGGACAGUUUUGGCUGAUCAUGGUGAGAUUUUGUGAUAUGAUAACAUUACUUAAUGAUCUCCAAUGGGCUACAAAUUAUUCACUUCUAAUGAUAUUUGAUCAUAUAAUGAUUUCUUCUUUAAAGGUCCAACGCAGCCCUUUUUAUAUCAAUAUCAAAUCAUUUCUGGGUAAAAAUAAGUAGCUUACUGUGAUUGUUUUCAAUUAAAAUAGUCAAAAAUAAACAAAAAUAACUUGUUAGCAAAUAGCAAUUGGUUUAUUAACUCAUUUACUCAAAUAGCUUUUACUCUAAAAGGGCAUUAUCAUAUUUUUUUUACAAUUUCACAGUAUUAUUCCAACAUCAUAGUGUGUAAAUAUAUAUAGAGUGCAUUUGCAAAGUAUUCAGACC